CACGAGAUAUUUGAACCCACAAAAAACCGCAAGCAUGCACGUUUCUGCAUAACUGUCCGCAACGCCUGUCACACGUUCUCCAACCCAACCCGCCAUGCUCAUAAUUUAAACUCCAACUAACUUCUAUUUCUUUUUAGUAUUAAUUCUUCCUCAAGUAUGAAGUCUGAACCUCGUAAUACAAAAAUGAACAACUCAAGUAUGGAACCUUUCCGGGGUUUAGUUUGCACUUGUUUUCUUAUUUUAGCUGCCAUGAAUAUUGGCUCAGUUGAAGCUUCCGAAGGGUUCAAAGUGGGCGAUCAUAUAGGUUGGCAGCAGCCUAGCGCUAACAACACUGCGGUGUACAGCCAGUGGGCUAGGAGCAAAAGGUUUCAUGUUGGAGACUCCCUUUCUUUUGAGUAUCAGAAUGACUCAGUCCUGGUGGUGGAGAAAUGGGAUUACUUUCAUUGCAACACAAACAAACCCAUCUCUUCCUUUAACGAUGGAAAGACUGUUAUCAAUCUUGAUAGGCCUGGACUCUUCUACUUCCUCAGCGGCGCCGUCGAUCACUGCAAGAAGGGUCAGAAAUUGCUCAUCCGGGUGAUGGGUUUGCACCAAAGAGCUGAAUCUCCACCUUCUGGGGUUGACAUAGCACCAGGACCACAUCCUAGUUCAGGAUUAGUGGUUACAGUGACACUUAGUUCAGUCUUUGUGGCUCUUACUGUCACAGUCGUAACUUUGGUAUGAUGUGCACCAGAACCUAUUCCUUUGCUUUGUUUUAGUCUUUUUUUCUUUCUUCAGGGACAGAUUCCAACUGUUGGACUUCUUUCUUAUUGUUUAAUUAUACAUUUAAUUAAUAUUGUAUGUUGGAUUAUUCUGAUGAAGCUAUUGCUAAUGGUGGUUACAUUAGUAUUUGAAGUCAUUA